CUUUGUUUAAACGCAAUGUGCGACUUAUGCGUACUUUUUUGGCUAGUCGGGCUUUGACCUCCGAUAAAAGCGUUUCCGGGAGGUGAUUAUCCUCACAAUUUUUGUGGUGGACAUUUGGACAUUGACGUUUGUGUCGUAUUGAGUGCUAUAGAUACAUUGGGAUCGUCUAUGGAGUCGUUAGGAAAAUGGGAGACGAGUCGAUCGCAGAUGUUUGGGUCUAGAAAAGGUGGACCGAUUAGAUUUCUGAAGCUGGAUUGGACGAGUGUGCCGCCCGUGUGUUUAGUGGUGGUACUGCAACUAACACUUCUGCAUUACUUGUUCGUUGAUAACAACUGUAGAAAUGCGCCAGCGUCUGAACAAAACUCGGGCUGGUUUCACUUCUUCCGUAGAAGUUACAACAUUUCGAAAUCUACUGACAAACUACCAACUGUAGUUAUGCUGACUGGAUUCAAGGGCAGCGGUGUUCAUUUGAUGAGAGUUCUCUUGGACUCACACUCACAGCUCAACUGUCCCAAUCUGCAGUUCAUGCACAUGCUACUGGGGAAGCAUGAAUUUGCCGCCGCACGCCCAGUAGAAUCAAAAAGGCUGGAAAUGGGCGGAUACACCCGAGAUGUGAUCCAGUCUGCCUUCGGGGCUCUGAGAAGGACGAUGCUGUUGCAGAGUGGCAUCAAAUGCUGGACAGACUACGAUCUCGUUUCUUCAUUGUCACACUUCAAUCUAGCUACUCCUGACAAGCUAAUAUCUUUUAACGUGAAAUUGCUGUUGGUUAUUCGCGACGGACGAGCAGUUGCUCUUCGCAGCGCGUUCGGAUCAGGCGAAGAUGAACAAGUGCGCAGACAUAAUUUCUCGUCUGUAUUUCGUACUUGGAAUAUAGACGUUGAGAACCAAUUGAAGCUGUGCGAUAAUAUUUCAAAAUCUGCACCAGUUUCAGGUUGUCUUAAAGUGUUUUACGAGGAGCUGGUUUCUGACCCAGAGAAAGUGUUGAAAGAGGUGGCUUCUUUUAUUGGUCUGUCUUGGGAGACGACUUGGCUUCAUCAUCAUGAAAUUAUAGGGAAAUCACUGAAGCUUUAUCCGGAUUUGGAAGAAGUUGACAAAUUGAUGAGACCAAUCAACAUGUUCUCAUAUAGACGGUGGGGGAGUCUCAUCAGGAACGACACAUUCUCCGUCAACUCUAAUUUUCUCAAGUACGAACACUACUCAAGCAUGCUAGCCAAACUCGGCUACAUCAAGGCGGCAAAUUCAAAUGCCGAUUCGGAUGCUUCAAAUGGUGCUGAUAUUAUGCCAAGUGAAUUGGUUGUAUCCAACGAGCGACUGAUUCGAGAGAACAAUAUGUUAUACUCCAGUCUGUAUUGGAAUACACAUCCCUCGGAGGGAUACCUUCUGAGGCCGAAGCCAUACGCCUGGAGAUUGAUAGACUCUGUUCUAUUCUGACAUCAGCAAAGAGAAUUGGUCACUUCAUUCCCAUCAUGGAUAAGAGUCUGGGUCACAUAUCUUUUGGAUAGGAGAAUAUUUUGGGCAAUUUUGUCUGAGACACAAAUGUCCGGACACAAUUCAGAUAGGUAGUAUAUGUACGCCAGCUGAAUUGUAAACCAGAUAACAUAAAAACCCACUAGCCGAAAAUGACAGGAAGUUAUAAAAUUUAUGGAUAAUUAUUACGUAAAUGAUAGAAACUACAUUGUUAAUGGCCAAUUUUUGGUUUGUUUUUUGUUCGGUUUUUCGGCUCUCGGGUGAUGAUAUUGAAACAAAAGAAAAGAAAUUUGGGUGUGUUUAAAAUUUUUGGUUGUAAAGAGAUAGAAAAACUGGCUCGAUCAAAUUCGACAUUCGAUGCAUUUAAAAAGCUUGUCAACAUUGGCUUUUAGUCCUUUUUGAAAUUUUUGCUAUUAGCAUUAAAAUGCAAAAGCUUUUUUUUGUCAAUGAAUAUGUAAAGUGAGUUUACAUCCGGACAAAGAUAAAAUUGAGCUUCUAAUAAAUGCAAAUAUUCUUUGAUUUGGCUUGUCUGUAACUAUUAUUCCAUGUGAUUCAGAAUGCGAUUCAGUUUUUAAAAUGUGAUUACUGGUUUUGUAAAACAAAAACCUUUAUCAUCUACAUAGACCCGUCUUCAAGAUGUUAUUUGAAUGUUUUAAUCUCUCCGAAUAAACCACCAAAUUUAUCCAAAUUGCCAUUCACGGUGCUAAAAUUUCAGCUAAUAACGCGCCUCUGAUUACACUGUGGACGAGAUCCAUGUGGUUCCUGUAAUUGUAUAUGUGUAUUGAUUAUUGACUGUUGAGUUUGAUCUAAAUUGUA